AUGGUGAAGACUAAGUCUAGACUAGACUUCAACAAGUCUAUAAUAUCUACCCUUAAGGAUAAUCUAUCAUCUCAGCAAGUUAUUGAUCGCCUCGCUUCCCUUCAUGAAGAACUGUCAACCCUGAAUCAAGAUUCCGUUGAAACGUCAUUGCUUGAGCGCUAUCGCAUUGAUCUUAUAAACAAAAAGAUAUUGAAGAGUAAAGAUCCCGGUAUUCAAGCAUUUGCAGCAUGUUGUUUAAGUGAUAUUUUGAGGCUUUUCGCUCCGGACGCACCAUACACAGACAAAGAAUUAACAGAUAUUUUCCGCCUAUUCUUGGGACAGUUGCGCCUACUUGAAGAUCCUGAUAAUGGCUACUAUAUUCAACAGACUUAUUUGACCACGAGUUUAUUGGAAUAUAGAUCCAUAGUGUUGUUGACGGACCUUCCAAAUUCAGCCGCGCUAAUCGAAGAACUAUUCGAGAUUUUUUAUGGGCCCGAGAAUUCCUCCAUACAAGAACGUCUCUUCAAGAUUGUAGGCGGGUUACUGGGAGAAGUAAUAUCGGAAUGUGAAUCAUUGCCUAUGUCGGUCUUGAAAAUGGUUUUCAACAAAUUUUUGUCGAAUAAGGGAAAUGACACAAUCACUGGUUUGCAAAUUAGAAAAGAUCCCGGAUUCGAAUUCAGUCUGACGAUAUGUAACUUGUAUUCCAAUCGUUUGGGGAGACACUUCACUAAGUUUUACUCUGAAAUAAUGUACGAAAUUCUUAACAGCAAACAAGAGAACGACGAAAAACGAGGUAAAAGUGGCUAUGGAUACAGAACCUUAACUAAACUAAACAAACUGACUUCAAAAUUGUGGGAGUAUGCGCCGGACCUAGUUGGGUCUGUCACUGGUUUUAUUUACCAACUUCUAUGCUCUGACAAUGAACUCUUCAGAGAAUCAGCUACCUGUUGUGUAAGCGACAUGCUAACGAACUCAUUGACUGUGAACUUUGUAGUUGUGCACAAUGAUACUUACAAAAUGUGGCUAAGUAAGGUAGUGGACAUUAGCCCGCAUGUGAGAUACGCAUGGGUGAAAGGUUUACCGAAUAUUUUUGAGAGAAGAAACGACAUAUCUGAUGCUCUUCAAAAGGGCCUAGCUAAGACUCUUAUCGAUUCCGACCAUUUGGUGCGUUUGGGAGCCAUUGAAGUAUUUGAAGAGCUUCGCAUCGAAAAGUUGUGGUCAAGUAUCACUAAUGCUGCUCUAUAUACUUCACUUUUGCAUUUAACGAGAGAGACAAGAAGAGACGUAAGGGAAAAGUGUAUUGAUACAGUUUCCAAAAUUUACGUGGAAUCUAUAAAAAAAAUCCCUAAAACCCUUCGAAAUCAAGAGAUAUGGGAUGUUAUCGGAACCAUUCCUUCGGUUAUAUUUGAUCUUUACUACAUUAAUGAUCCCAACAUCAAUAUUAAGGCUGACACUGUAAUAUUUGAACACUUUCUACCGCUAAAUAUUACUAGCGAAGAUUUAGUUGAUAGGCUCAUCCACGUCAUGGAAAGAUUUGACAAAAAAGCAUUCUCGUCAUUUUACGCAUUUAAUAAGCGUCAGGUUCAGAUAUCUACUGUUAUUACCAGGUUCAUUGAAUUUUGCGAGCAAUUGAAUUCCACAGAGUCUGAGAACACAGAUGCCAUAAAAUCAAAAUUUUAUAAGACGAUUGAAUGGCUCAGCUUCGGUUUUCCGGAUCAACUUAAUGUGGCUGAUAUACUUAUGGCUUUCAAGGAGCUGAAUGAUAGACGAAUUUACCACCUCAUGAAGAGCGCUGUGGCAGACGAGUCCAAUCACACUACUUUGAGAAACGCCGUAUCCGAGCUCCUGAGGAGAUUACAUGAGACGGACUUAUUCCGAAAGAAAAGUGUGAAAAUUGAAUCGCGAUUCACUAAAGACCAGUUCGUUUUUAUUUUCAAAAUCUUACUUUAUCGAGGUGCUCCAUUAAUCUACAAUGUCUCCAAUAUCUCUCUAUUGUUAGACACAAGAAAGUCUGCUAAAGAAAAGGAACUUUCUUUGAAGCGUCAAUUAAUUGACAAUAUUUCAUCUGUCAAACCAAGCAUCUUUAAGGAUCAAAUAAAGUCGCUGACCAAUGCAAUCAAGAAUCUAGAUGGCACCGAAAAAGAUCUCAAGGAAACAUUAACGAUCGGUGAAGCAUUAAGAACCAUCUAUAAAAUUUCUAAGGUUCUCAAGGAUCAACUAGAUACAGACGACACUUUCUUCUUUGAUAAGGUACAAGAUUUUGCAAUCGAAGGCACUCCCCUCGAAGCAAAGUAUGCGGUAAAGUUACUUGGGCUAACUCCAGAAGCUGAGCUUCGUUUAUCAAAGAUCAAAGCUUUUAUUCUUCCAUUAAAUUUGGAUUCAUCAAAAAACUUUUCAUCGAAUGUUUUAGCAAUAUCUGAAAUAUUCAAAAUCAAACCCCAGCUUUUAGACGAUGAUUCAACAGAUAUCAUCAGCUACCUUAUCAAAAAUGUUCUCUUAGCAAAUGAAGUUGUCGGUGACCCCGACGAAGAUUCGUCUUGGAUAACAGACAAGCAGAUUAAUUCGGGGAAAUUCUCUCCUUUGAGUACUAAAAUAUUUGCUCUGAAGCUUCUUACUAAUAAAUUAAGAUCAAUAUCCAAAGAAGUUGAGACUGAUCCUAUCGCUAAGACUUUCACUGAGAAAACAAUGAAGCUUUUCUUCUAUUUGAUUGCUAGUGGUGGUGAACUUAUUUCGGAGCAUAAUAAAGAAAACUACCCCACUCCAAGUAGCUAUCAAACAAAGCUGAGAUGUUUCGCAGGUUUGCAAGUCUUAAAGCUUGCCAGGCUUCCCAGUUUUGGUCCAUUCAUCAAACCAUCAGACAUCAGUAAGCUUAUCAACCUUGUUGAGGAUGAAUGUAUAGAAGUCCGGACCGCUUUCAUCGAGCGUUUGAAAGAUUACGUCGCCGGAGAAUUUAUCUCGAUCAAGUUCCUUCCAUUGGUAUUUUUUACUGCUUAUGAACCUGAUCCGGAAUUGAAGGCUAACACAAAAAUAUGGAUAAAUUUCACUUUUAACAAAGAAACGUUCAGAAGAGGUACCUUUUUCGAGAGGGCUUUGCCGAGACUUAUUCACUCGAUCGCACAUCACCCAGAUGUCGCCGACGGCUUGAGCGGUGAGGAGAAUGCAUUCCUCAAUAGUCUUACGACAUCCGUCGAUUAUCUCAUAUUUUUCUUUGAUUCUGUCGCAACCGCGAGCAACUUGGGCCUCCUAUACUACUUGGCAGGAAGAGUGCGCCAGUACAGAGAUACUGUGAGGGAUGUUGGUUCGUCCGAUGAACAGGAAGACAGAGGGGCGGACGCGACGGAGGAAGAGCAUAAAAUUGUCCCUAAUGUCUAUAUUAUCUCGGAAUUGGCCCAGCUCGUACUCAACCAAUUCAAAGAGCAGCAUAAAUGGACGCUGUCGGUGUACCCUGGGAAGCUGAAUUUACCUUCGGACCUAUUUGAACCAUUUGAUACCAUUAAUGAAGCUCGGGUAAAUACGUUCGAAACAUAUUUAAGUGCGAACCAUGCUAGGGUCAUUCAAAAGAGCAUUGAAGUCAAAGUAAAUCGAAUGUUCAGGAAAUCCCAAACUCACAAACAACAAGUACAAAAGAGAAAGCUGACGGAUGAAUACAGGGUUGUCCAUAAAAAGCAGCGACCUUCGAAAUCCGCGGAGCAGAGCUUGGAAGACUCUGACGAAGAUGACAAUUAUGUGCCUUCUAAUUUAUCCAAGAUGUCGGAUGUGACUCGAAAAAGCUCUCGGCGGAAAAACGAAGUUGAUUACAGAGAUGACGAAAGCGCAGAAGAGGACUAA